CAGAAAUCCAAAAUCUAAUCGAGCUUCGAAAUUGUAAAUAAGAUCCCAAUGUUCGACCAACAUGCGACUUGGGUCACAAGCCGCCUCCGGAGUCCAGCCUAAGGACGCUGGACGAUCACUGUGCUAUUUGGUCUUUCAGCAACUUCAUCGUUCUCUUAGUAACCUCAUGGUGAUGGCAACCAUAUAUUUGAUAAAGGACAAUCGACAAAUGGUGAAGCUUGUAAGCGAAAGCUGGUAUCUGCCCUUUCCCGCUGUCCGUAGCCAUGGUAAUACGAAAAGAGAAAGCUUACCGGUUAGCUGGACGCGGCGGCGGCAGAAGCAGCAUCAGCAUCAGCACCAGCACCAGCAGAGAUGGGUCUUUCAGAUAUUGCUGUAAAUUGCCGGCCUGUCAGGCCAUGGAAGAAUUAUGUACAGAAGUCCAACUUGCGAAUUCGUGACUUGCAAUCGCAACGAAUUUGAUAUGGGAAAUGAGUAUCGUUGAAAGAUGUUACCUGCAAAUGCUGGAUCUCUGACCUCUGUGGAUGCAUGGGUGGGUACAUGUCUAACUCUAGGCAGGGCGCUAUA